UUAGGUUUGGUUGCGGCCCCCCACGAGAUCCUCGUGGGCCGAGCGCUUGCAAAACUGCCUACAAGUGGAAGCUCGAAAACGAGCUUUUGGAGAAGGGGAGAAGGAAGAAGUCCUGGAGAUGGCGAAGGUGGCGGCGCUAUUGGCGGCGGUUCUUUUCCUUGCGGAGCAUUUUUUCUCAGUUCAAUGCCUAUCCGAGUUUACCAGGGAAGAUUUUCCGGCGGAUUUCGUCUUCGGUGCAGGAAGUUCUGCCUUUCAGUAUGAGGGUGCGUGGGCAGAGGAUGGAAAGUCUCCAAGCAUCUGGGAUACUUUUAUACAUGAAGGGGGAGCUGGUGGUAGCACCGCGGAUGUGGCUUCUGACGGUUAUCACAAGUACAAGCAUUGGAAAUAUAUCCAGAGCCAUCAAAUACUGUAG